GAGAAGUUUCUGAAAAAUUCAAACAGUAAAGAUUCGGCUGAAUUUUGGUCAACGCAGAGAAAUACUAAACAGCACACAAUAGUUGUCGAAAAUUAAAUUAUAAUUGGACAACUAUUGAUUUUUUCACCCAAUAAAUAAUUGAAUCCCAAUUACAUUCUCAUCAAUUCAAUUAACAUGAUUUGCCGGAAAAUUUAUCAGGGCAAGCUCCCCAAUUCCGUCCUCCGGCAGACCAUUUUCCGGUGGUUUCAGUCUUCUGUUGAAACUCCGGUGACGCCUGUUACUUCGACUGUAUCUAGUGGCAAGAGAAUUCAGUCUCAACUUCACUUUCUUAGAAUCUAUACGCCGCCGUUUUGCUCAUAUACUAAGUCAAAUGCUUCAUUUACUCUAAGAGGGUGUGGUUUUUCAACUCAAGCUGCGUUGGAUAUUCCUGUUGAUGGGAUAAUUGAUAUACCUCUGGCGCAAACUGGUGAAGGCAUUGCGGAAUGUGAACUUAUCAAAUGGUUUGUUCAGGAGGGGGACCAGGUCGAAGAAUUCCAACCUCUUUGUGAAGUUCAGAGUGACAAGGCAACGAUUGAAAUAACAAGUCGUUACAAGGGAAAAAUUUCUCAAAUUCUUCAUGUUCCUGGUAGCAUCGUAAAGGUUGGAGAAACACUUUUGAAGAUCGGCGUUGAUGAAAUUCUUGAUCCUACUGAGACUUCUGAUGCUUCAGAAAAGAUGAUAUCGCUGGAAUCUGAUUUCAGUGGCACAAGUGACAUCAGCUCUGUGCCUGCAGAAACCAAGAUGGGGGGAGUGUUAUCCACACCUGCUGUCCGCAACCUUGCAAAGCAAUAUAGUUUGGACAUAAAUGAUGUUCCUGCAACUGGGAAAGGUGGAAGGAUACUUAAAGAGGACGUGAUAAAUUAUGCAAUGCAAAAAGGACUAAUUAAUGGAGCACCAGCAUGUGAACAACAAAACCUGUCAGAGGUUUCACCUCCCAUUGGAGGGGGAUAUGAAGAUAAGACGCUUCAGCUAAGGGGUUAUCAGCGUGCCAUGGUUAAGUCAAUGACAUUAGCUGCAAAAAUUCCACAUUUUCAUUAUGUCGAAGAGAUAAAUUGUGAUGCACUUGUGGAGCUCAAAACAUCAUUCAAGAAUGAGACUUCUGAUCCGGAGAUCAAGCACACUUUCCUUCCCGUCCUCAUAAAAUCACUUUCGAUGGCUUUAACUACACAUCCAAUGCUAAAUAGUCGCUUCAGUGAGGAAUCCUAUGAGGUUAUCCUAAAAGGGUCGCACAACAUUGGAAUAGCAAUGGCUACUCCAAAUGGUUUGGUUGUACCAAACAUAAAAAAUGUUCAGUCUCUCUCAAUCUUGGAGAUAACAAAGGAACUGUCACGGCUACUGAAUUGUGCUAAGAUAAACAAGCUUAGUUCGGAUGAUGUAUCAGGGGGAACUAUUACUCUAAGCAAUAUUGGAGGAAUUGGUGGAAAGUUUGGUUCCCCACUUGUAAAUUCACCUGAAGUUGCCAUCAUAGCAAUGGGCCGGAUCCAGAAAAUUCCACACUUUGCUGAAGAUGGGAAUGUAUGUCCUGCAUCAGUCAUGACGAUAAAUAUAGGUGCAGAUCAUAGAGUUCUUGAUGGAGCAACUGUUGCAAGGUUCUGUAACGACUGGAAAAAGUUUGUGGAAAAGCCAGACCUCCUAUUGUUGCAUACAAGAUAAUUAUUGUAUCCGAGACUUGAUCAGAAAUAAUUUAUUUGUUAUCUAAGAACAAAGGCUCAUUUUGGCCUUCCUUGUCAUUAUUUUGUGGGUAUAAAGAAAGAUCAUUUGAAGCUUAUAGGUGUCGUGAAAGAAAGAAUCACUGAAUCUCAUAGAUAAAGGCAGUGUUACCUAGUCUCCUGUUGUCUGUUGUCGGAAUGUGACAACAGUUGGAAAAAUAGAAGAGAAAUAUUGUUAGAGAGACUAUUUUAUUGAUAAUAAGCAUAGUUUUGAAAGUAACUUAUUGUGACCAUCUUAUUCUAUAUAUAUUAGCUGU